AUGGAUCAACAAAGAUUUCUUCAGCAGCUGGCCAUUGUCCUCGACCCGAAGAAGGGUGAUGUCAAGUCAGCCACAAACGUGCUGCAAAAUGAAUACUACAAGAAUCCACAAUCGCUACUAUUCCUCAUUCAACUUAUAAUCUCGCACGAUAGCACUGAGCUGAAACAACUCGCCGCUACUCAGGCUCGACCUCUAGUCUCCAAAUACUGGACAAAGACCCCCAGUGAGCAACGACAGCAUGCAAGAAGCCAGCUGUUUCAAGCUACUCUCUCCGAAUCCUCACCCCUCGUCCGACAUGCGGCAUCACGACUUAUCAGCUCUAUUGCCAAGGUCGACCUCGAGGAUGGCGAAUGGCCUGAACUCCCCGGCAUGCUGCAACAAGCUGCCACGAGCUCAAAAGCCGAAGAGCGCGCUGUUGGCGUGUAUGUCCUAUAUAGCGUCCUUGAAACAAUGGGGGAUGGUUUCACUUCCAAAUUCAAAGAGUUGUUUGCGCUAUUCAGCAAGACCAUCAAAGAUCCGGAGAGCCUCGAAGUCAGAGUCAACACCAUGCUGGCCAUUUCAAAAAUGGCCCUCGUGAUUGACGCCGACGAAGAUCAAGCCUCGAUCAAGGCCUUUCAAAACAUAUUUCCCUCAAUGGUCGCGGUACUGAAAGAUACGAUUGCAUCGGGCAAGGAAGAGCAGGUCAUGCUGACUUUUGAGGUCUUCAACACACUCCUCACUGCUGAGUAUCAAUUGAUGUCGAAACAUUUCCAAGAACUGGUGGCCUUCAUGAACGAGAUUGCUACGAACACAGACAUGUCCGACGAGACGAGGACUCAGGCGAUCAGUUUCUUGAUGCAGUGUGUCAUUUACAGACGGUUGCGCGUUCAAGGAGCAAAGAUGGGCGCCCCGUUGACCAAAAGUAUGCUGCAAAUCGUCACGGAAAUCGACGAUGCUUCAGCUGAUGACGACGAUAUCACACCUGCUCGGUCAGCGCUUGGGUUGAUUGAUACAAUGGCCCAGACCCUUCCUGCCAGUCAAGUGGUGGUUCCCUUGCUUGAUGCUCUUCCUCAAUAUUCCAAGAGCGCCGAUCCCAAACAUCGUCAAGCUGGUAUUUUGGCACUUGGGAUGGCUGUCGAAGGUGCUCCUGACUUCAUCAGCACACAAUUGAGCACAGUUCUGCCCAUCCUGUUCGCUCUGCUGGAAGACUCCGAGGUCACAGUCCGCCAAGCUGCGCUGCAGACCACUGCUAGACUGGCUGAUGACCUUCCUGAGGAUAUCACCAAACAGCACGAGAAGCUCAUGCCUUUGCUCACGAAGAACCUUACCGCCGCCAUGGCUGCCUACAAGGGUGAGGAGGAAGGUCCUACUGUUGACAUCAUGAAAUCCGCUACAAGCGCAGUGGAUGCUGUCGUCGACGGCAUGGACGCCAACGACGCGGUGCAAUACCUCGAGACAUUGGCACCCCUGCUGCAGAAAUUGUUCAAACACCCCGACUUCAAGAUCAAGGCUUUGGCAGCUGGCGCUCUUGGAUCACUGGCCUCAACCGUGGAAGCUCCGUUUUUGCCCUACCUCGGCGAUUCUAUGAAUGCUUUGCAGGAGUUCAUCACCAAGAAAGAGAGUGAAGAAGAGCUUGACCUGCGAGCCAGCUGCACCGAUGCAAUGGGUGAGAUGGCCGUCGCCGUAGGUGCUGCAGAGUUCAAGGACUACGUGCGACCAUUGAUGCACACUAGCGAAGAAGCCCUGCAACUUGACCACUCCAGGCUCAAGGAGAGCGUGUACAUCCUCUGGGGCUCACUGGCUAAAGUCUAUGAAGAAGACUUCGCUCCAUUCCUUGGCGGCGUCGUACAGGGUCUGUUCGCAUGCAUCGACCAAGAAGAAGCCGACCUGGAGGUGGCUCUUGGAGAUAGCGCCAAAGAUCUGCUUGGAAAGGAGGUCACCAUCGCCGGACAAAAGGUUAAGGUCGCAGCUGCUGAUAGUGAUGACGAGCCUGAAGAUGGAACUAUCGAAGACGUCGACAUUGAUGGUGAAGAUGACGAUGACUGGGGUGACCUUGCCACCGUUACACCAAUCGCCCUGGAGAAAGAGAUCGCCAUCGAAGUCAUUGGCGACGUUGUGGCAAACUCGAAGACGGCUUAUCUCCCAUACUUCGAGAAGACCAUCGAGAAGUUACUCCCAUUGGCUGAGCACAGCUAUGAGAACGUUCGAAAAGCUACUGUCAGUACCUUACACCGGGCAUACGCUGCUCUCUACGAGGUAUCGGAGGAGACUGGCCAGCUUCAGAAGUGGAAGCCUGGACUCCCACUUCAGGUCGAGCCAACACCAGAGUUGAAGAAACUCGGAGAAAUUCUGAUGGCCACGACACUGAACGUCUGGACCGAAGAGGAUGACACUGCCACAGUCUCUGAAAUUUCGAAAUGUCUUUCCGAAAACCUCAAGCUGACCGGCCCCUCUCUGCUUUCCUACAAUGAUUGCCUAUCCCGGAUCGUGCAGACGGUGACAGAGCUCAUCACCAAGAAGCAUGCAUGCCAAAUGGACAUGGAUGAGGUUGACGAGGAAGAUAUGGAAUCUACAGAACUGGAAUGGCUUGUGGUUGACAGUGCAAUGGAUGUCAUCUCCGGGCUCGCUGCGGCUCUAGGUCCCAGCUUUGGAGAACUGUGGAAGAUUUUCGAGAAACAAGUCCUCAAAUACGCCAGUGGAGGCGAGUCCCUAGGCCGAGCAUCCGCCUGUGGCGUGCUCGCUGAGAUCAUCACCGGCAUGGAAGGCUCUGUCACCCCAUUCACUGCGCAGAUGAUGAACGUGCUCCUCAAACGCCUGGGCGACGAGGACGCUCAGACAAAGUCCAACGCCGCCUACGCUGUCGGCAGGCUUGUCGAGAAGUCUAACGAUGACGCCACCGUGCUCAAAGCCUACCCUCAGAUCCUCCAGAAACUCGAGUCAAUUUUGCACAUCACCGAGGCUCGGUGUACCGACAACGCCGCGGGCUGUCUUUCCCGCUUGAUCCUCAAGCACAAGGACAAGGUGCCCGUAGCACAAGUCCUGCCUGCGCUAAUCGACAGUGGCAUCCUGCCUCUGAAGGAAGACUACCAGGAGAAUGAGCCCGUCUGGACAAUGAUCGUCCAGCUAUAUCGCCAACAGGACCCUACUGUCCAGCAACUCACGCCCAAGCUUGCGCCCAUCAUGCUGAGUUUGCUCGGCGAGCCGGAGGACCAGUUGACCGACGAAGUCCGUGAACAGCUCCAGGCUCUGGUCGAGCAUUUGAAGAGCAUGCAUUGA